CCAGAUGCCGGCUACGAGUUCGACAUUUGCUUCACCUCGGUACAGAAACGGGCCAUCCGUACCCUCUGGACCGUGCUGGAUGCCAUCGAUCAGAUGUGGUUACCCGUUAUCCGAACCUGGCGCCUGAACGAGAGGCACUACGGGGCCCUCACCGGUUUGAACAAGGCUGAGACGGCAGCAAAGCAUGGCGAGGCGCAGGUGCAGAUCUGGAGGAGCCACCCACCUCCCAUGCAGUCCGAUCACCCCUUCUACAGCACUAUCAGCAAGGACCGUCGCUACGCUGACCUGACAGAGGACCAGCUGCCAACCUGCGAGAGCCUGAAAGACACCAUCGCCCGGGCUCUGCCCUUCUGGAAUGAGGAAAUCGUCCCACAGAUCAAAGAGGGAAAGCGAGUCCUUAUUGCUGCCCACGGCAAUAGCCUGCGUGGGAUUGUCAAGCACCUGGAAGGCAUGUCGGAAGAGGCCAUCAUGGAGCUGAACCUGCCCACCGGCAUCCCUAUCGUCUACGAGCUGGACAAGAACCUGAAACCCGUCAAGCCCAUGCAGUUCCUGGGGGAUGAGGAGACGGUACGCAAGGCCAUGGAGGCCGUCGCUGCUCAGGGCAAGGUCAAAAAGUGA